AACCUAUUCUUAUUGGCGCGCUUCUGCUUUCAUCGUGGUGCGAGCAAACUCUUCGUUGCUGUAGAUUUGGUUGCCACUAGUUUAAAAACUGAGGCAGAAAGAUGCGUGAGGUGAUAUCAGUUCAUAUAGGUCAAGCUGGUGUUCAGAUUGGCAACUCGUGUUGGGAGCUUUAUUGUCUCGAGCACGGUAUUUCUCCUAAUGGAACUGUCAAGGAAGAAGGGGUGAAUAUUGCGGAAGCAGCUUUUGGUACCUUUUUCAGUACCACAGGAGCUGGGAAAUAUGUACCUAGAGCCGUCUUUGCCGACCUAGAAUCAACUGUUGUGGACGAGAUACGGACAGGCCCAUAUCGUCAACUUUUUCAUCCAGACCAACUCAUUACUGGCAAAGAAGAUGCCGCUAACAAUUAUGCUCGUGGACACUACACUGUAGGUAAAGAACAGGUUGAUAAUGUACUAGACAAGGUACGCAAGCUAGCUGAGAAUUGUACCUCCAUGCAAGGGUUUUUUAUCUUCCGGUCGUUUGGCGGAGGCACUGGCUCGGGAUUUGCAUCCCUGCUUAUGGAGAGGCUCUCGGUUGAUUAUGGCAAAAAAUCUAAGUUGGAGUUUUCUAUUUAUCCUGCUCCUCAAGUAGCUACAGCUGUUGUAGAACCAUACAACACAAUCCUUACUACUCACACAACUCUUGAGCACUCUGAUUGUGCAUUCAUGAUGGAUAACGAAGCUAUUUAUGAGAUAUGUCGUAGCAAUUUGGAUGUUGAACGUCCUUCUUAUACUAACCUCAAUCGCAUAAUUUCUCAGGUCGUCUCUUCAGUUACAGCAUCACUUCGAUUUGAUGGUUCCCUGAAUGUUGAUCUCACAGAAUUUCAAACAAACCUCGUUCCAUAUCCAAGGAUCCAUUUUCCUCUUGUGACAUAUGCUCCAAUUAUGUCUGCUGAAAAAGCUUUUCAUGAACAAAUCUCUAUAGGUGACAUCACCACUGCCUGCUUCGAACCCAAAAAUCAAAUGGUCAAGUGUGAUCCUCGUCAUGGAAAGUAUAUGGCUUGUUGUCUUCUUUACCGAGGUGAUGUUGUUCCAAAGGACGUGACAGCUGCUAUUGCAAACAUCAAAACAAAACGUAGCAUUCAAUUUGUUGACUGGUGUCCAACAGGGUUCAAAGUUGGUAUUAAUAAUCAGGCUCCAUCUUGUGUUCCUGGUGGUGAUCUGGCCAAGGUUACCCGGAGUGUUUGCAUGCUGUCUAACACUACUGCAAUUGCUGAGGCAUGGGCAAGGCUUGAUCACAAAUUUGAUCUUAUGUAUGCCAAAAGAGCCUUUGUUCACUGGUAUGUCGGCGAAGGAAUGGAAGAAGGAGAGUUUACAGAAGCUCGUGAAGAUCUGGCUGCUCUUGAGAAAGAUUAUGAGGAGGUGGGUGCUGAUUCCAAUGACCAAGAGGAAGAUGAUGGUGAAGAAUACUAAUUUUAAAUAGGAUUUCUUUUUUCUAUUAUAGAGUGUAUAAUUGCUCAAUUAUAAUCAUUCAUACAAUGACACAUGCAUAAUAACUGAUUGGCACUCCUAUUCAACUCUUAUAGUCUGACAUAGGUGUUUAUUAGGUAACAUAGGGUAAUAUUUUGAAUUUAUUAUAGUUUUUGUAAUCACACUGAUUCCAAUUUUUUUGUGACUCAAUUAAGAUUUGAAAAAAUUGGACCAACCAAGAAA